AGUCCCAGAAAAACAGAGCGGGGCCAGCUGCAGCGUGUAGUGCGAGUGGGGCGGACGCGCGCAGCCCGCCUGCCCGGCGACCAGCAAGAGCAGUUCAGAGCCCCAGUUGCAGACGACUUGUCCUGCCACCACCAUGAGCUCUGAAUGUGAUGGUGGUUCCAAAGCUGUGGUGAAUGGCUUGGCACCUGGCAGCAAUGGUCAAGACAAAGCAACUGCCGACCCUUUACGUGCACGCUCUAUUUCUGCUGUUAAAAUCAUUCCUGUGAAGACAGUGAAAAACGCCCCAGGCCUAGUUCUCCCUCCAGACAUGGAUCCUACAAAAAUCUGCACUGGGAAGGGAGCGGUGACUCUCCGGGCCUCGUCUUCCUACAGGGAAACCCCAAGCAGUAGCCCUGUGAGCCCUCAGGAAACCCCGCAACACGAAAGCAAACCAGGUCUGGAGCCAGAGCCUUCUUCAGCAGAUGAGUGGAGGCUUUCUUCCAGUGCUGAUGCCAAUGGAAAUGCCCAGCCAUCUUCACUUGCUGCCAAGGGCUACAGGAGUGUGCAUCCCAAUCUUCCUUCCGACAAGUCCCAGGUUUUCUCUCCCCCACGCCCUCCUCUCCCUCAAAAGGACCGCUUUGCAUGGCAGUCCCCCACCAUCCACAAUACCUACAAGGAUUCCCUCUACCUGAGCUCACCAAAGCCUUACGUCCCACUCAGCACCCCCAGCCAGCAGAACCCCUCACAACCCCAGCCCAUCUCUGUCCUCCUGGCAGCUGGAUCGGCUCCCAAAGGUGUGGUGUGCCCUGGUUCCUUGCUUCCGGACUCCACGUUCCCCAGUGCUUCAUCCCAACCCCAGCAGCGCUAUGCAGCCACCAGGACAGUUUAUCAUAAGAAUGUGAGCUCUAACCCAUGUCAUGAGGCAGUUGGGAUUAAAAAGGUCAGCAGCUUAUAUGUACCUUGUUUAUCCAAUAACAUUUGCCUGGCGGUGUCAGAAAACUCCUCUCGUGUUGCACGUGACCCUGCCAAAGGCACUCCCUCGGAGGCUGCGGGCACCCGAGCACCGGCUCCCAGCCUUGUCUCCCGCACAGCCGGCACAGGAAAACCACCCCCUGCUCCUCCUCCUGACCCUCCCAAGCUAUUCUUUGACAUCCGUAAAGAUGCCGUUAACCGUGGCGAGAGUCCUUCCCUGGGGACUCGGGCUUCGUUCCCAGAUGUGAGACCACCUGUGCUAGGCCCCCGGGUUACCUCUGAUCCCGAAAACCGGAAGAGCAAAGAAUCUUACCUUUUGCAGCCGAGUUAUCCAGCCAAGGAUGCCACUUCCUCCAGUGCAGCCCAGCCGGAGGUAAUAGUUGUCCCUCUCUACCUGGUUAAUACUGACAGAGGGCAAGAAGGCACUGCCAGACCUCCAGCACCUCUGGGGCCUCUUGGCUGCGUCCCCACAAUCCCAGCGACCGCCUCUGCCGCCUCACCUCUGACCUUCCCGACUCUAGAUGAUUUCAUUCCCCCUCAUCUGCAGAGGUGGUCCCACCACAGCCAGCCAGCCCGCGCCUCUGGCUCCUUUGCCCCCAUUAGCCAGACGCCACCAUCCUUCUCACCACCACCUCCACUGGUCCCUCCUGCCCCGGAGGACCUCCGCAGAGUCUCGGAGCCUGACCUCACGGGAGCUGUUUCGAGUACCGAUUCCAGUCCUCUACUAAACGAAGUUUCUUCUUCCCUUAUUGGAACUGAUUCCCAAGCCUUUCCACCAGUUAGCAAGCCUUCGUCCGCCUAUCCCUCCACCACGAUUGUCAAUCCGACUAUUGUGCUCUUGCAGCACAAUCGAGAACAGCAAAAACGACUCAGUAGCCUUUCAGAUCCUGUCUCAGAAAGAAGAGUGGGAGAGCAGGACUCAGCACCAACCCAGGAAAAACCCACCUCACCUGGCAGGGCUGCUGAAAAAAGAGCAAAGGAUGACAGUAGGCGGGUGGUGAAGAGCGCUCAGGACCUAAGCGAUGUUUCCAUGGAUGAAGUGGGCAUCCCACUCCGGGUACACUUAGAGAACACUGAGAGAUCAAAAGACUGGUACAAGACUAUGUUUAAACAGAUCCACAAACUAAACAGAGACACUCCUGAAGAAAACCCUUAUUUCCCUACGUACAAAUUCCCUGAACUUCCUGAAAUCCAGCAAACUUCUGAAGAGGACAAUCCUUACACUCCCACCUACCAGUUUCCUGCAUCUACUCCUAGUCCUAAGUCUGAAGAUGAUGAUUCAGAUCUGUACUCUCCCAGAUACUCGUUUUCUGAAGACACAAAAUCUCCCCUUUCUGUGCCUCGCUCAAAAAGUGAGAUGAGCUACAUUGAUGGUGAGAAGGUAGUCAAGAGGUCGGCCACGCUACCCCUCCCAGCCCGCUCUUCCUCACUGAAGUCAAGCCCAGAAAGAAAUGACUGGGAACCCCCAGAUAAGAAAGUAGAUACAAGAAAAUACCGUGCAGAGCCCAAAAGCAUUUACGAAUAUCAGCCGGGCAAGUCUUCCGUUUUGACCAACGAAAAGAUGAGUCGGGAUAUAAGCCCAGAAGAGAUAGAUUUAAAGAAUGAACCUUGGUAUAAAUUCUUUUCGGAAUUGGAGUUUGGGAAACCGCCUCCCAAAAAGAUAUGGGAUUAUACUCCUGGAGACUGCUCUAUCCUUCCUAGAGAGGAUAGAAAGACUAAUCUAGACAAAGAUCUCAGCCUCUGCCAGACAGAGUUAGAGGCAGAUUUAGAAAAAAUGGAGACGCUUAAUAAAGCACCCAGUGCAAACGUGCCACAGAGCUCAGCCAUCAGCCCCACUCCGGAAAUUUCUUCAGAGACUCCUGGAUAUAUAUAUUCUUCCAACUUCCAUGCAGUGAAGAGGGAAUCAGAUGGGGCUCCUGGGGAUCUCACUAGCUUGGAGAAUGAGAGACAAAUUUAUAAAAGUGUCUUGGAAGGUGGCGACAUCCCUCUUCAGGGCCUGAGUGGGCUAAAGCGACCAUCCAGCUCGGCUUCCACUAAAGAUUCAGAAUCGCCAAGACAUUUUAUACCAGCUGAUUACUUGGAAUCCACAGAAGAAUUUAUUCGAAGACGUCAUGAUGAUAAAGAGAAACUUUUAGCGGACCAGAGACGACUUAAGCGCGAGCAAGAAGAGGCUGAUAUUGCAGCUCGACGCCACACAGGCGUCAUUCCGACGCACCAUCAGUUUAUCACUAAUGAGCGCUUUGGGGACCUCCUCAAUAUAGACGAUACCGCCAAAAGGAAAUCUGGGUCAGAGAUGAGACCUGCCAGAGCAAAAUUUGACUUUAAAGCUCAGACACUAAAGGAGCUUCCUCUGCAGAAGGGAGAUAUUGUUUACAUUUAUAAGCAAAUUGAUCAGAACUGGUAUGAAGGAGAACACCACGGCCGGGUGGGAAUCUUCCCACGCACCUAUAUUGAGCUUCUUCCUCCUGCUGAGAAGGCUCAGCCCAAAAAGUUGACACCAGUGCAGGUUUUGGAAUAUGGAGAAGCUAUUGCUAAGUUUAACUUUAAUGGUGAUACACAAGUAGAAAUGUCCUUCAGAAAGGGUGAGAGGAUAACACUGCUCCGGCAGGUAGAUGAGAACUGGUACGAAGGGAGGAUCCCGGGGACAUCCCGACAAGGCAUCUUCCCCAUCACCUACGUGGAUGUGAUCAAGCGGCCACUGGUGAAAAACCCUGUGGAUUACAUGGACCUGCCUUUCUCCGCCUCCCCAAGUCGCAGUGCCACUGCAAGCCCUCAGUUUUCCAGUCACAGCAAGCUCAUCACGCCAGCACCCUCAUCUCUGCCCCACUCCCGCCGAGCCCUGUCCCCCGAGAUGCACGCCGUCACCUCUGAGUGGAUCUCGCUGACUGUGGGGGUCCCAGGCAGGCGUUCUCUGGCCCUGACCCCACCCUUGCCUCCUCUGCCAGAGGCUUCUGUCUAUAACACUGACCACCUUGCCUUGUCACCAAGGGCCAGUCCCUCCCUGUCUCUCAGCCUCCCCCAUUUGAGUUGGUCAGAUCGUCCCACCCCACGAUCAGUAGCUUCUCCACUGGCCCUACCUUCCCCACACAAAACCUACGCCCUAGCACCCGCUUCCCAGGCCUCCCUUCACAUGAAUGGAGACGGUGGUGUCCACAUGCCAUCUUCAGGCAUCCACCAAGAUAGCUUCUCGCAGCUGCCACUGGGGAGCUCUGAUAGUGUCAUCUCCCAGCUUAGUGAUGCCUUUAGCAGCCAGAGCAAGAGGCAGCCAUGGCGCGAAGAGAGUGGACAAUAUGAGAGGAAAGCAGAGAGGGAGGCAGGCCAGAGAGGCCCUGGCGGACCCGAGAUCUCUAAGAAGAGCUGCUUGAAGCCUUCAGACGUGGUCAGGUGCCUGAGUACUGAACACAGACUCUCAGAUCUCAACACCCCUGAGGAGAGCCGGCCCGGCAAGCCCCUGGGUAGCGCUUUUCCAGGAAGUGAGGCUGAGCAGACAGAGCGGCAUAGAGGUGGCGAGCAGGCGGGGAGGAAAGCUGCUCGGAGAGGUGGGAGCCAGCUUUCUCAUCAUUCAUUGAGAGCAGGACCUGAUCUCACAGAAUCUGAAAAGAGCUAUGUGGAAGCGGUUUGCAAUGAGAUCAUAAACAUUGCCGAAAAAUCUGUUCAUUACUGCAGCACUGUUUCUCAUCCCCUUGACUUUCAUCACAAGGUAUCCCCUUCUGACAAUAAAUCAUCUUUAAUCAUUUCUCAGCAACCUCAAGCCCAGCAGCGAAGAGUCACCCCCGACAGGAGUCAAACCUCACAAGAUUUAUUUAGCUAUCAAGCAUUAUAUAGCUAUAUACCACAGAAUGAUGAUGAGUUGGAACUCCGCGAUGGAGAUAUCAUUGAUGUCAUGGAAAAAUGUGACGAUGGAUGGUUUGUUGGUACUUCAAGAAGGACAAGGCAGUUUGGUACUUUUCCAGGCAACUAUGUAAAACCUUUGUAUCUAUAAGAAGACUGAAAACCAUGGAGAUUAUUUUUAUUGGAGGAUGAAGCAUCAUUCAUGAACGGAUCUUUUUAGUUGAGUCAGUAGGAAAAUUAAUACAGUGGAUAAAGUAAGAAGCAAAAGACAGGGACAGAGAAGUGUUGUGUUUAAAACCCAAGCCUGUCUAAGGUUACUGUGUAUUAGACAGGGCUGAACUAGUGUGCUGAACAAGAAGAAUGGAGACAAAUUGUAUUUACUUAGCCGCUUCUGGGAGCCACUCCAGCCUUUCCCCUCCCCCCCACCUCUUGGGUAAUCUGACCUGAAGCAUAGUCUGGGAUCAGAGUUAGCCAGAAAUGCCUCCUCCUGCCCCAGCCUUAGAGAGCUUCCAUCUCAAAGGAAUCAUUGAUCCUGAAGGCUUCAAGCCCAAGGAUGCACCAAGACCCCCAGCCUACAUUUCCCAGCUCCCCUGGAGCCAGCUGAUCCUCUAACUGCUGGAGGUCAGUCUGGGCUGCCAAUACUGUCCCCUAGACAAAGGUGGAGUCCCCCAAACUGCCCCAAGACCAAAUCCCUCACUCAACCUGCUGAGGUGUGGAUGGGGAAACAGAGGCAAAACUUAGGCACCCACAGCAUUCAGCCUGCUGUGUAGCAGUGCCGUUGACUGCCCUGGUGUUCAGACAGAAAAGCACACAAGGUUUGCCCAUGAGAACUGGGGAGCAGAUGGCCAAGCAGAUAGGUUAUGUCUGUUUUCUGAGUGAUGAAGUCAGGAAGCCCUGUGGCUCUGGAGGCCACUUGUGGUUCAUUCUUUUCCCGUAUCCUUGGCUUUUAGAAAUGGUUACCUUCAGGACAGCGCAGCUGCAUUUUUCAGAGCACUGUUGCUAACCUUUCUUUUCUGGCUUGUGUUUGCCUGGGACAGUUUGGAAUUGGGAGGCCUACUCUCAUAGAAAACCAAAAAUGAUGUUCAUUCAUUCAUUUAACAUACAGCAAUAUACGCUGGCUGCUGGGGGGACAACCAAAAGCAAGACAUGCCCAGGGUUUGCUGUGGCUCCAGAUCUACUCCCUGUAGGAGUUCAAGGAUCACACAAAAUGUAGUAACCAGGGUUGUGAAUCUGAGUACACCCUGGCAAGGCUUCUCUUCAGACUGAAGCAGCAAUUCUGCCACUACCAGCAGCAACCAGGACGUCUGUUCUUUGUGGGGGCCAGAUCAGAAGAGAGAGGCUCCUGUGACACCUGGGGUGCGUGGUCACAGCUCUGUCCAACUCAAGGACGUUUAUCGGCCUCUCUUAGACCCCCGAGUGAGACAAAUGCAGAAAUGACCCAUUCCCUGCCCACCAGGAACUCGAGGUGAUUGGGGAGGCAGACACAGGAAAAUGAACUUAAUCAAGAGAGACUGUGAUAAGUGCUGAGAAGGGCGUGAGGGAGGAAGAGAUGAAUUUUCCCUGGAGGAAUCCUAGAAAGCAUUGUCAUAUUUCCCAUCUCCAUUAGCUCACUUUUAAACAACUAGGGUGCUGGAAGAACCUUUGUCUGAGGGUAGUUCAUAGCUGGAAAUACCUGGAAUAUUUUCCAGAGUCUCCAAACUGUCAUCUUCCCCCACAGAUACACAUCCAAGCUCACAAAUAGGAGUAACAAUUAUAGGCGGUAGGGUUGUAUACAGGAAGCCCUGGCUGUCUGCAUGUAGCUCAGAAUUACCCCAGGACCAUUGUCCCAAAGUCUAGAGUCCUUACAGGUAGGCAAAAUUUGUUUUCAAUGCCUGUGGCUCAGCUGCUGUCACAAAUACCCAUCUUAGGAUCCCACCAGCUUCCCACCCUCCACCAGACAGCCGCAGUACCCUCACUUUCUCCCUAUUGUUCUUUCAAAUCCUGUUCUCAGGAAAGAAACUGCCACUAAUUCAUUCACACUGAAGUGUAAGUGAUUGAUAAUAGGAAUGAGUUACCUCUUCCCACAGACAUUUGUUUUUAAGUAUGACAGAGCAGGGCCUUAAUCCCAAGGGAAAAGGCUAUGGCACUGGAGGGGGUGAGCUUUCUGGGUAGAAGGAGACGUCCUGAUUUUCCUUAAGACCCAGUAAGAGUAAGACGUAUUGCUUUGGAAGGUCUGCUCCACCAUCUAAGAGCACUGGUUUUUUGUUGUUGUUGUUGUUGUUGUUUUUUUUUUUUUUUUUUUUUACUGUCUCUGAGGGAGUAUAGUAAAAAUGCAUAUGCACGUGCAAUUUGCACGGCAGCAUUUCACCGAUUUUGGAAUGUAUUGGCUAAUGUAUUUCCUGGUCUUUAGAUGCAAACGAUUAAUAACACUAUCUUAUCUAAUAGUUUUUUGAGGGGUGCUUCUUGAUUAAGUAGGUAAUUUUGAACACCUCUUUAAAUACAGCUAGAAAAUAAAACCAAUUUGUAAAGCCACAUUUGCAUAUGAUGCCAGCCUCACGCAUUUGUAUAUCUCCAGAAAUUCAGGUGUGCCUCACCAAUUUGCCCGUCUUUAAUGAAAUCAUGUGUUAAAAUUUGCAUCACGUCGCCUUCCUAUGUAUGAUGAAACAAGGAACAGAGGUUUCCAAUUGCUCUUUUGUCUUCAGACAUUUAGUAAUAUAAAGUACCUAUUUUUAUGCUGAAAUGUUUAUACAGGUUUAUUAAUAGCAAGUGCUACUAACUGGCGGCAUGCCUUGCAACACAUUUUGAUAUAUUAGCCAUGCUUCCGGGUAAAGGCAAGCCCCAAACUCCUUAUCUUUUGCAGUCUCUCUGGGAUCAGUAAAAGAAAAAAAAAAAACAUCAUGUGCUUAAGAAGUGGGACUGUAAAUAUGUAUAUUUAACUUUGUAUAGCCCAUGUACCUACCUUGUAUAGAAAAAUAAUUUUAAAAAUUUGAAUGGAAGGGGGUAAAGUAAGGAAGUCAUGAAGUUUUUUGCAUUUUUAUUUAAAUGAAGGAAUUCCAGAUAACUCACCUACAGAUUUUUAGCACAAAAAUAGCCAUUGUAAAGUGUUAAAGUUUAUGAUAAUUAUUCUAUUGGGGAGGGAAGGUAACUAUGAUCUCAGUUAUAGUUUUUUUUCCUUUUUAAUUUCAUUAUUUUGGUUUUUUGGUUUUUGCAGUCCUAUUUAUCUGCAGUCAUAUUAAGUCCUAUUGCUAGAAUAGGUUACUACAAAAAAGAUUAUAUUCUGAAAGAAAAAUAACUGACAUAUAUAACCAAUUAAUUUAAAGUAUUGCCAUUUAAAUUACACACUGAGAGCAUGUCCUAUGCAGACAUAGAUUUUUCUGUUCGUUUAUUUUUCUUCAUUGCAGUGGAUUGAUUUGAUAAAUAGAUGUGUUGAAUUACUACAUUUGCUGUACAUAUUAUUUAAUAAACUUUAUUCAGAAUUGCGUGGCA